UGUGUGUGUGUGUGUGUGUAACUGUAGUAAGUCAGAGUGACUGCAACGCCAAGUCUGGUUGAGCUGUGUGUGAGAGCUGAAACGCAACACACGACUAACAGCAUCCCACAAGCCUACCGUGCAGGAUUACCCAAGGCUAGCUAGUUAAAUAGCAAGCUACGAUGCUUUCCAUUACAUCCACUCUCAUCAAAAGUACCCGGGUCGUCCAGUGCGUGCGGCUGCUACACUCCUCUCCUAUCGCCAAGAUGCCAAUUCAGGUUGGUGAACAUCUUCCCGCAGUUGAAGUCCAGGAGGGCGAGCCAGGAAAUAAGGUGGCGAUGGAUCAGCUCUUUAAAGGGAAGAAAGGAGUCCUCUUUGCUCUACCUGGAGCUUUUACCCCUGGUUGUUCCAAGACUCACCUCCCGGGUUUUGUGCAGCAGGCUGAGGAUUUGAAAAGUAAAGGUAUACAGGAGGUGGCAUGCAUUUCUGUCAAUGAUGCAUUUGUCAUGGCUGCCUGGGGAAAAGAGCAUGGAACAGAUGGCAAGAUUCGAAUGCUGGCUGAUCCCACUGGAGCAUUCACAAAGGCCGUUGACCUGUUGCUUGACAGUGAUCAGAUUGUGCAGGUACUUGGGAACAAGCGAUCAAAGAGGUAUUCCAUGUUGGUGGAAGAUGGGGUUGUGAAGAAGAUCAAUGUGGAGCCUGAUGGCACCGGGCUGACCUGCAGCCUGGCUUCUAAUAUUCUGUCUGAGCUGUAGGCUGAUUCAGAGCCUAUAAAACUAAUCUGCAAACCUUGACUUAUUGUAAAAGUUGCACUGUCAGAGCCCAGUAUCAACUCCUUUAAGCUUCUUCCUUUUCCCAAAGAUGGAUGCAAAUGUUAUGUGGAUGCUAAUGUCAAAAAACACAGCUGGAAGGAAAUUAAUGCGCACAACUAUGACAUGGCAAUCUAAAGGAUUUUGCAUCAACCUCUGUAUACUGUUAUUUGUGAGUAAAUAAAAUUCACCCUGAAAGCAAUAA